AUGACAGGCUGUCUCAAUGGUGGCUCUUGUGAGAUGGACGAAGUGAAGGAAACAUUUACAUGUUCGUGCCCGAUUCCUUGGACUGGAGAAAAAUGCGAAAUUAAAAUUGACCCUCCUUCGUGCAACGAGGCCCAGAAGAUGGAAAACCAAAGAUUAGCGGAUGGAGAAUAUCUGCUAAGAAUUGGAAGCGAAACAUUCAAGCCUUUGAGUCUGACCAUUGAUGACUUUUGCUGGGUUGCUGCCGUCGAAAUGGAGGUUGAUUUAGGACCCAAACUGAGGCGAAUAACCACAGUUGCCAGCCAGGGAAGUCAUAACUAUGAUGAGUGGGUGACUGGGUAUAAGCUCUCAUACAGCUUGGAUGGUGGCGAGUGGACCUAUUAUGUAGAAUUCAAUAAGCUUAAGGUCUUCGAUGCAAAUAAUGAUCGGCAGACAGUGGUGAAACACCAAAUUGAGCCCCCCAUCACAGCUGUGGCUUUGCGGUUUCACCCAACUGCAUGGAGUGGUGAUAUGUGUAUGAGAGUUGAAGCAUUUGGAUGCGAUGCUUUCUCAGGACCAUUAGGGGUGGAAAAUGUCAGCAUCAUCCCAGAUGAAUACUUAACAGCUUCGCACCACCACUUGUCUCACCAAGCGAGAAAUGGUCGACUUAAUAACAUCGGAGGGACCUGGGGAGCCCUUGAUCGACUGGGAUCAUUCUUACAGAUUUCCAUCGGAAGGCAGCUGAGUCUCAUUACGGCUGUAGCAACACAAGGGUCUGGAAAAAGUAAUGAAAUAGCUUGGGUAUUGACGUACAAAUUGAGUUUCAGUAAGUGGGGAGACGAGUGGAUGGAGUACAGUGAAGAUGGUCAGGUUAGGGUGUUUCCUGGCAACAACGAUGAGAACACUGUUGUUAAACACUAUCUCCGUCACAAUGUCACAGCGUUGCUUGUUCGUUUUUUUCCGGAGACAUAUUUCACUUAUCCUACCAUGAGGGUUGAGGUUUAUGGCGGGAAAGCUGUUUGUCAGGACGCACUUGGUGUGGAAAAUGGUGAUUUACCGGACAAGCAUUUUACCUCCUCAAGUGACGGAGGACCAGAAAAAGUUCCCUGGAAAAGUCGCUUGAAUAAUGAUCAGGCCGCCUGGUGUGCAGGAGAAAAUAACAACAAUCAAUAUCUUCAAGUCGACUUAGGGAGGAGUCGGACAGUGUCACGUGUCGCUACUCAGGGUCACCCUGGCAGUGCAUUCUGGGUGACAAGUUACGGAUUGGAGUACAGUGUGGAUGGAAUAUUUUGGAGGAACGCUCUCGACGAAAGCAAAUCAACGAUCCUAAACGGUAAUACAGAUCAAAACACAGUAAAGGAAGUUUCACUGUACAAACACGUGACAGCAAGAUUUUUGAGGUUUCGUCCUGAAACUUGGAGUGGCUCGAUUUGUAUGAGGGUUGAAGUAUAUGGAUGUGAAGAAUGCGCCUAUCCGGUCGGUCUUGAGCGAGGCGUGGUCCCUAAUAUGGCGUUUUCAGCUUCAUCAUGGUAUGACGUGGACCAUGAACCUUGGCUGGCACGGCUCUACAGUAGAGAAGGCGAGGGAGCCUGGUGUGCAAAAGAAAAUGAUGGUGCCCAGUACCUGCAGGUCGAUCUCGCUCAGACUUACAUCAUAACAGGCGUGGCUACUCAGGGCAAAUAUGAAAUAUCUGAAUGGGCUCUUGGUUUUCGGGCUUGGGUAACGGCCUUUAGUUUAUCAUUCACUGACGAGCAAAUGACCUGGAUAAAUUACAUUGAGGAUGGAAACACCCCAAAGAUAUUUACUGGAAAUUCACAAAGCAAUCAAAUUGUACGUCAUACGUUUCUCAAGAGAAUAGUUUCUCGGCAGUUGAGGUUUUUACCAGUUACUUGGUCUGGAUGGACUUGUAUGCGUGUAGAGAUUUUUGGAUGCAGAGCAUGUAACCAAAAUCAUCAUCGUUAUCGUCAUCACGGUCAUCACCACCACCACCAUCAUCAUCAUCAUCAUCAAAUGUGCUGUUGUUGCUGUUGUUGUUAUGAUUGCUAUUACUUAUUUCUGUUAUCAUUAAACCUUUUUCUUUCAUUUCGCCCUUCAGCUUGUUCCUCUGCUCUUGGCAUGGAGGAUAAUCACAUUCCCGACCAAUCAGUCCUAAGUUCUUCUUUUCAUGGUGGAUAUUACCCUUACAGAGGUCGACUUUUCUCAUCAACAUACCCGUGGAUGGCAGCCACCACAGAUCGAAACGCGUUUCUGCAGAUCGCAGUUGGUAUAACUGAUCAUGUGAUCACUGCUGUGGCAACUCAAGGACGCAAGACAUACAAGACAGCCGUGGUGAAAUUCCAGUUGUCAUUUUCUAUGGAUAGUUUGCAAUGGUUUGAUUACAGAGAGGACGGUGACGUCAGGGUAAAUAUGAGAUUUAACGUUAGGACGGUACAUGGACAGGCAUGAAGGGAAAAGGGAAAAUGUCUUGAUCGCAGACUAUUAGGUGCAUUCGUUUCUCUCUGUGAGGUUAUCCUCAUGUCUUCUAGGUCGAUGAGAAAAUUGCCAUCACUAAAACACCUUCAAAGAAUUCGAUUUUGGCCCACACGGACAACUAUGUGCAAUGUCCAGUUUUCAUGUUUUUUUUUUUUUUUGUACAAUGCUAUGCUUUACUGUACCCAGGAGGCUGUGUGGCCGCUUUUUGUUUACCUUUGUAAUACCAUAGGUUAAGUGCCACCAAGGUGUUGCAUUUGAACAGCAAUUGUCCCGAUAUUGUUUAGCUGUAAUAAAUGUGAUGGUUUUGUUUUACUGUAGAUAUUUACAAGUGCCGCCCUUACUAAUACAGUAACAAAGCAUUUCCUAAUGAGGAACAUCACU